AUGUCAUGGGCCAACCAGCCAACAACCGGGCAGACGUCCUAUUUGAGGAUCCAAUUGGACAUCCAGUGGGCUUUCAGUGUGAAGUGGAGUCAAAGAGGGAAGACCGAGUGGAAGUGGAAGGCGAUAGGAGAAGUCACGGGAUCAGGUGACUCAUGGUCUGACCGGGGUUCCACGUCACGUUACUCCCGUCAGUACUCCGUCAAGGAAUCACGUUACUUGACCCGGUAUCCAAGAUUUACUCCGUACUCCGCCCAGUUGGACGAUCAGAUCUCCUCUGGUCGCGCCAGCCCGCGCGCUAACGCUAGCCGGAGAGGAUCAUUACUCCGCGUAGUCCUAAGCCCCUCAGGUGCUUCUGGAGCUGCUCUUGCACCGACCGUUCCAGUCCAUGUUCCAGCGCUACUGGCAGCACCCACGGAAGAAAUAGCUAGUGCUAGCUGGCAGCACCCAGGUACCACCAUUCCCAAGUUGGAGUCACGAGCUGUGCUCUGUACUCCAUCUUUUGAUAUCGUAAAACAAUACUACCGUCCUUAG